CGCCACACUGCAAACAUGUACGGACCGACGCGUAUGAAGAUAUGAAGCGCUACACAAAAAGCGGAUUAUCAAAACUAGUUUAGAACCUUUACUUAUCCUUUGAGUCGUUUCUUUGUCUUCUUAAAGUGAAACAUAGUUUCAUAUACUGAACAGAAUUGAUUGAAAAACGGUAGAUAGAGAGAAAGAGACGCCAAGAGGAGCUUUUAACGUUACAUCUCAUCUCUGACUACAGCUACAUUUAAGUGCUUUCAGCAAUGGAUAGCUUGGCUCCCAGAUCAUUCUGGAACCUUCUACUUGUCCUGGUUAUUGCAGUUGUGCCAGCUUCAACAGGGGCACCACAAGGCUGCGGUGCCAACGUGAGCUCUCUGUACUAUAACCUGUGUGAUCUUGGUGCAGUAUGGGGCAUCGUGGUGGAGGCAUUGGCCACUGCAGGAGUGUUGGUUUCCCUCAUACUUCUGAUGGUUCUUCUUGCUAGCUUGCCAUUUAUGUCGGGUAGCUCUCGACGCAAGUUGGUACCAUUGGAUGCCGGGUUCCUUGUGGGCGCCCUGGGCCUUUUUGGGCUGGCAUUUGCUUUCAUUUUGAGCAAGGACUUUUCCACAUGUAGCUCCCGCCGCUUCUUAUUCGGUGUGUUCUUUGCAGGCUGCUUCUCCUGCCUUCUUAUGAAAGCCGUAAGUCUGAACUUUCUGUCCAGGCGCAACAAGGUACCCCGACCCUGGGCACUAUACUUUGGAGCCUUGGCGAUUUGGUUGGUCGAAGUAAUCAUCAACACAGAAUGGCUGAUUAUCACCAUAGUCCGUCAGCCCAGUAAUGGCAGUUAUAAUCUGCCUGUGCCAUGCUUGAUUGCCAACGCAGACUUUGUUAUGUCUUUGAUUUAUGUUAUGUUGCUUCUGGUGGCCGUCUUUGUGGCAUCCAUACCGAUCCUUUGGGGCAAGCACCAGCGCUGGCACAAGGAAGGAGUCUUUAUGCUGGUCACUGUGAUGUUUUCACUGGGCAUUUGGGUGGCAUGGAUCGUCAUGUAUACUUAUGGCAAUAACCAGAACAAAAGUCCCACAUGGGAUGAUCCAACUCUCGCUAUAGCACUGGUGGCCAAUGCCUGGGUGUUCCUGCUCAUUUACACAGUGCCCGAGCUGUGCCAGAUGACUGAAGAAUCAGAGGAGACAUCAACCAUCCCCACAGAUGCCUACACGAUCAGUGGUGUGGGAUAUGAGAACAUCUUAAAAGAGCAAAGCUCACCGAGCGUAGUUGUGGAAAAUAAGGCCUUCACUAUGGACGAACCCAAACCAGAUAACAAGCCAGUGUCUCCAUACAGCGGCUAUAAUGGACAGGUGCGUAGUUCUGUGUACCAGCCCACAGAGCUUGCCCUUAUCACCAAAGGAAUGACCAAUCACCCGUUGAACUUUUCAUUUGAUACUUCGAUCCCAAGAGCCUCUCUGGCCCCUCCCGUCAGUCAGAGUGGCAGCAUCAGCCCGAGCCCAUCCGACAAUGGACAGAGACCCGUCACUAAUGGUAAUGGCUUGCAUUGGAAAUAACAGUGGUGAACCUAGCCAAGACUUUCUUCUCUGGAUGCCUUACACUGUUCUUUUUCUCAACAAAAGUUUCAUUAUUUUUUACCUUGGCCAUGGAUCUUUUCUCAAGCCAAAGAAAAUUCACCUUGGAGUAAGUGGGUGUCAAUUUGCCCAAUAGAGACAGUAUAUGGGCAUUCUGUCUUCAGUGAUGCUGAGUAGGAAAUUUAGCCCAGGAGAUGAGACUGUUCCUGUAUUACCCAGUGGCUAUCUUAGCCGCUUUAAUACUAUGCAUUUACAGAAAAGAGAAUGAAUGGAUAAAUAGUCUACUUGAUUUUGAUACAUGAUGAUAAUAAUGUGAAAUAAUCAGCCUGUUAUUGGAUUUCUACACUCUUAAAAUAUUAGCUGUACCUUUUGAUUUUUGCACAGGUGGUACCCGAAAGAGUUUUUUUUUUUUUUUGAGACCUUUUAAUAUGUAUCUCGGCUGCACAGUGCCGUAGAGGUUGGCACUGUGGGCUCGCACCUCCAGAGUUGAGGGUCCGAUUCCCGCCUCAGGUCUGCAUAUGUGAGGAGUUUGCAUUAUUUCCCUGUGCUUGGUGAGUGGCCUCCGGCUACUCAGUCCGAAGAUGUGCAGAUUAGGCUAACUGGCAUUCCCUAAUUGCCUGGUGUGUGUGCGCGCGUGCGUCACCCUGUGUUAGAUUGGCUACCUGUCCAGGGUGUACCCCGCCUCAUGCCCUUAGUCUCCUGGGCUUGGCGCCAGGUCCUCAUGAACCUGUACAUAGGAUAAGUGGUACAGUAUAGAAGAUGAUGAAUUAAUGUAUCUCUCACCUGGAAACAUGGAAGUAGUGGCUUUUCAGAAAUAGUUAAAUGAACUAUAAACAUGCCAAAUACAUAUGUAUUAAAGGUACAAAAUAACUACCCCUAAAGGUACUAGAGGGGUCCAGAGAGAAGGAAGCAGUUUAAUACUUUUUUUUCCUCAGAGUUUAUAUCUGAAACCUUUAUUCAUCUGCUUCAAACCGUACUAUUUAAAUAAUAGUGUAUCGGUAUGAAUGCACUACCUUUUAAAGGUACGUCUCUAAAAACUGAUACUAAACUGUUUUACAUUUCAUGGCACAAUGUUUAACAUUUCAUGGUACAAUGUCUUAUUGGUACCCUCAAACAUUUACACUGUUAGUAUCUUUUUGUCUUUUCUUGUAAAGCUCAGUUGAGGUACAUUUGAUCUUAAGGACUGCUAUCUUGAGGUACUUUGUACUUUUCUGUACUUUUCUGUUAAAUAGGUAUCUCUCACGGUAAUCUUUUUUGAUUGCUGUAUUUUUAUUAGUGCCUAAGUAAAUUAAUAUUGUAUUGUAGUUAUUUUAAUGCUAAAAUGUGUUCAGUAUUGCAGCACAUUACUCAUAACAGAACUUUCCCCAAUGAUUGUAAAAAAUAUUGGUCAUAAACUUGACUGAAUAAAAUACAUAUGUAUGUA